GAAGACGGUUCCUGCGCUACAGGAGCCGAUGGCGUCUGGGGUGCGUGUGGAGAUAGAUUGCGGGCGCAGUGGUCAUGUGGAAGGCGGACGUAGAUCGGUCGGACGUGCCAAGCGGUCCGGCGUGGAAGAAGUCUGGAAGGGAAGGGGAGGGAGCCAGCUAGCCAGCCAGCCGCUGCGUCGCGAUGCGGUGGAAUGAUCGGAGGCAUGCUUGCGAAAGGCUUGUGGGCGGUGUGCUUGUCAGUGCUUGCUGCUGGCGGGUGGAAAUGGAAGGGAUCGAGGACGUUAGGGUAGACAGACUGUGUUGGCUCUGGCUCGAGUCUGGUGCUUUCUACCGUUUUUCCAGAAGCAAGCGUAGACCUCACGUUGAUACCAACGUCCCUCUACGUAGUUCCUCCCUUCACUUCCUCUCCUCCUCCCACCCCGUCCCCACUCUUUCACCGCCCACCUCGCUCACACACUUCUCGCCACUCCCUCCCCAUGAAUCGCCAUCUCCACAAACGCACCCUCCCACGCCCAUCACCUGCUGUGUGCCAUCGCUUGGAUAUACCAUCUGCACCCCAGCCCGUGCACCCACCCCACACGCAGCGGGCACGCACGCAGCUAAGAUUUUUCCCGCUGUCAGUCCAAUUUCUACUCUGCUAGGCGUUCAUUGGCCUGCAGCGGGUCGCCAAGCGCUACGUACCUACGCGCGCAUGCGGGUUGUUGGGUGGUGAGCUGCUAGUCAGAUGAUUGAGGGGCGAUCGUAGGGUGAAAGAAGGAAAAAUGGCGAAGGAGAAUGGUGAAGUCGCCUUGUGAUCUCAUACAAUCUGCUUUUGCGAAACUGU